ACGUUUGUGUGGAAGACAACAUGGCGACGUGAUGCUUGAAAGUUCCGAUGAACUGUUUUACAAAAAUACGCGGUGUGUCCUUUUUUAUAACUUAAAGUAUGGACAUCCCUGAUGUGUCUCUGCAAUCAUGAUGCAAGGAUUCACAGAGAAAAGUGCCAAUGAUAGGACUGCAUUUUGGAGGAAGAAUGCAAAAACCGUUCCUGGAAGCAUCAAGCCUGUUUAUGGAGCUUCACAUCCACCCAGAAAAGACUCUGCACCCCUGACACCGAAGCGGGAAGUGCACAUGGGUCGGCACAAGAGGAACGCCUCGUCUAGCUCUUUCCAGGACUUCCAGGAAAGCACAGAUGAUGCCUGGGAUCUAGGGGACGACGAGUUUUGUGUGGUGUCGGCAGACGUGAAGAUUAUGUCUCGAGUGGUACAGUCGGCUGCGGACUCCGUCAUCACGAAUCACAGUAGGGCCCAGAACUGCACGGACAUUCCCGAUGGACUUCAUCCCUCAGCUGACCAGGACACGAGGGCUGCAGCCUUGCAGAGACUCGCUAUUCAGAAAGUUGAAUCAUCGCCCAUUAGCAGAGGAGCCCUGUUUGGGCCGACAAGCUGUGAGCAAAGCUUUGUACCGGGCAUGGCAGUACGACACCACAACAUGCCGGGAGGCAACAGACCCUUCUGCUCUCCACUGCACAGUAGCAGCCAACAGAAUAUGCAUGUGCUAUUGGACAAGUUCCAGACUAUCCUCAAGACAUCCAAGACAGAUCUUGAAGUGCUUCGUCCUUUAAGUUGGAAGGGGAUCCCACCUGAAGUCCGGCCAAUCACAUGGAGGCUUCUUGCGGGAUACCUACCAGCCAAUUCAGAGAGGCGAGCAGCUGUCCUGGAGAGGAAACGGGAAGAAUAUUUCAACUUUGUAAAGCAGUAUUACGACACUCGGAAUGACGAUGUGCAUCAGGAGACCUACAGACAGAUACAUAUCGACAUUCCCCGGAUGAGUCCUUUGGUGCCAUUAUUUCAGCAAGAAUCAGUGCAGAAGAUAUUUGAACGGAUCCUGUACAUAUGGGCCAUACGGCACCCAGCCAGCGGUUACGUGCAAGGAAUGAACGACCUUGUAACGCCUUUCUUCAUUGUGUUUCUUCAGGAGCAUGUGUCAAAAGAUCAAGAAGUAGAGACGUUUGAUGUCAGUCAACUGGAUCUGAGUGUGCUCCAGGACAUAGAGGCUGAUAGCUUUUGGUGCAUGAGCAAGCUGCUGGAUGGAAUUCAAGAUAACUACACCUUCGCCCAGCCUGGCAUCCAGAGCAAAGUGAACAUGCUCAAGGAACUCAUUCAGAGGAUAGACUCUCCAUUGCACGACCACCUGCAGAGGCACUGUGUGGAGUUCCUACAGUUCACCUUCCGCUGGAUGAACAACCUGCUGAUGCGCGAGCUGCCACUGCGUUGUACCAUCCGCCUUUGGGACACCUAUCUGGCUGAGCCCGAGGGUUUCUCUACGUUUCAUCUCUAUGUCUGUGCUGCCUUUCUCUGCCACUUUUCUGAAAGGCUUCUGCAAGAGAGGGACUUUCAGGGCCUCAUGCUGAUGCUUCAGAACCUGCCAACUAGCGACUGGGGCGACGAACAUGUGACACUGUUAGUGGCAGAGGCAUACCGGCUCAAGUACACGUUUGCAGACGCUCCCAACCACCUACAGAUACACAAGUGACUUCCCUUACCGGCACGUGGUGAAGAAUGUGCAUGUGUGCGCUGACCUCACUUUUGGACAAUUCUGGCAGCACAAUAAACGUGGGGUGGCACUCGAACCGGUUCGUCCCAGCACCCCUGCUGGGGAGGUGUUAAGUGUGUACUACAAUGUUGUUCAGUCAGAGUGGAGCGUUAGUAAUUUAAAUAUACUGCCGCAACAAGAUCUUACGAUAAAUUGGAAGAUACGAUCAUUUUGGGUACUAUGUUGUUCAGUUACGGCAUCGGUAAUAACAUUUCCACGUCGUGGGAGAGCGUUUCUUCGGGGCCCCUUUUGUUCAGCUUCGUAGGUCAUUCUGUAAGAUACUAGAAAGCCAAAGAAAAUACGGUCUCGAGCAUAUCCCCGCUGCCCGACAAAAUUGUACGUCGUAAAUUGGCUGGCAAACAUCCGUUAGUUCUGUGUAAGGCUGUGCGCAAAAUAUUUCCCGAUAAAUUGACCGAGCCGUGACAAUUUUUGCCGCGCGUACUCGUUAGCGUAAGGCCACUGAUGCUGUCAUUGGUGAUCUGCAGAUGUCACGGUGCCACUGUUGUGCUGCCCUCUUUAGGUAUCUCGGUGCAGUUGGUGUGAGAAGAAAUGUCGUUUCUCUGCCAGCAAACUUCCCUUGCUGUAUAUUUUUGUAUAUUAAGAGAAGUCCUAGGCCUCAGAGUGUGUGUGUGUGUGUGUGGAUUAAAAUAGGUGCCGUCUGUGAUUUAGAAAACAACAUGGACUGCUCAAGAAAUACAGUGCCUCAUUUUCUCUGCUGCCCACUGGGGACAAGACGACCAAUUGGAUUGGGGAAUCUGUUUCUUCUAGGUGUAAGCUUUAACGUAUAUGUAGUAAAAGCAAGUUUUUAAACUUUGCAGAGAUUUGUACGAGACUUUUAACAUCUUUGUGUAUACUUGUGGAUUACACUGAGUGGAUUGUGUGUAACUGUACAUACGGAUUUUAAUGAAGUUAUGGAGUACCACACUGAAGAUCUUCA